CACAACAUGGCGGACCCGGGAGCAAACUGGACGUUUGCUGCCGAGAACUUGCCCGAUCUUGGGCCAAAUCUCGAGCCACCGCAGAAUAUUGACAGUGCACUUCUUGGUGAUAUUGAUUUUGAUGAUUUUGUACAGUCUAUGUAUCAUGAAGACCAAGAUUAUUCAGAUUUGUUUGACGGUCAGUUGAACUUUGACCCAACUAUUAAACAAGAAGAUGCAGAUUUGGUUCACGAACACCUGUGACCAAAACAUAGAUGUUGCUGCCAUUAAAGAAGAGCCAGAGAUUUUUGACACAACACCACAGAUACCCUCAGUUCCCUUCAAACACAAAUUAGUCCACAGCUUCUGAAACUCAACUUACAGCAGCUUAAGCAGAGAGCUCUACUUCACAUACAGCAACAGCAGCAGCAGCAAAAACAACAACAGUUACAACCCCAACAAGCUGUUAAAGUAAUUCAGCAGCCAGUUCAAAACUGUACCAACUGCACAGCAGCAACUGAAGCUCAUCCUUCAGCAACAGGCUCAGCAUGUGGUGCAGAACAUCAGCACGCAGCCAGUACAGCAACUGCAAGUUCCUCUGGCAGCUCCCCAGGCUACUCCAACGGUGCUCACCAACCAGGUCACACAAACCAACCCCAUCAACUACCAGCCCCCUGCAGGGAAUCGGACAGAUCAAUGUGCAGCAAUUGCAACAACUUUUGCUGCAGUCCCAGCUGAUCAAAACAGAUGGAAACACAAAUGUUUUGACAUUAACAACCACCCCAUCUGUAACAGCAGUAACAGCCUCGCCUCUGCAAACUGCCAACACCAGUACAAUUCUCACUACAGGGAUACCUGUGCAGGUAGUCCAUGAUGGAGACAAGGUUCCAAUUAAUCGCCUUAACAGCAGUCCCAAGGUGAAGAAAGGUGGUGAAAAGCGCACAGCUCAUAAUGCCAUUGAGAAGCGAUACCGGCUUAGUAUCAAUGACAAAAUUCUAGAACUGAAAGAUCUGGUGGUUGGAACAGAACAAAAGUUGAAUAAAUCUGCUGUGCUGAGGAAGGCAAUCGAUUACAUUCGUUUCCUGAAGAAUUCUAAUUCAAAGUUGAAACAGGAAAAUAUGAUUCUGAAGAUGGCUGCUCAGAAGCAAACUAUUGAGGCCCUUCUGGCGAGCAACCCUGAGCUGCUGGACCAGACUCUGACACUCACUCCACCCUCUUCAGAAGGAGGGUCCCCUCUGCAUAGUCCCCCAGCAACCAGUGAUGGGGAGGGGUCAUCUCCCUCUAGUCCAGUGUUUGAGGAAGACAGGCAGCUCCAUGGGAUUAUUUAUGCGACCAUGGAUUCGGAGAGCACAGAGUACUCCUUUAACAGCGGCAUGCUGGAUCGAUCUCGUUUGGCCCUCUGUGUAUUUAUGUUCACUGUUUUCGCUUUCAAUCCCUUUGGAAUGCUGCUUGGUGGUGGAGUGAGAGACCAGAUAGACACUAGUGGACAUUACGGUCGCACCCUGCAGAGUGUAGGACAGCAAGGUAGUGUUAGUUGGACAGACUGGAUGCCAGGACUGGUGACUUGGGGCCUCAAUGGCACCCUGGUGUUGGGAGCUCUGGCGUGGCUCUUCCUCUAUGGGGAACCUGUCACCAAGAAGAAGUCAGAAGCUUCCACUAUGUUCUGGAGGCACAGGAAACAAGCAGAUAUGGAUUUGUCCAGGGGUAACUAUGCAUUGGCCUCGCGUCAGUUAAAGCUCUCCCUACAGGCUUUAGGCCGUCCAUUACCAGCUUCCACCCUGGACCUGUUCAGCAGCCUAGCCUGGCAGGCUCUACGCCAGCUGCUUAACAGGGUGUUCAUUGGCCGCUGGUUAUCCAGUAAAGCGGGCAGGCUGACCACAGGAGACGUGAAAGCCGAGGAAGUGCGAGAGUCUGCACGGGAUGCAGCCCUUGUCUAUCACAAACUCAACCAACUGCAUAUGACAGGUCACCUAGAGGGCAGCAGCUGGUUUGGGGUGUAUUUAGCUGUCAGUGCCGUCAACCUCAUGGAAUCAGCAGGCAGGGCUGUGUCUCGCUCCCUUCAGGCUCAGGUCUACGCUACCACCGCGCUCCGUGUGAAAACCACCUCCGGGCUGGAGUUCUUAGCGCGCUACUUUCUGAGCCGAGUGCGCCAUGUGUGUGCCAAAGCUGGGGAGAGUGUUCCGGCAAAUGUCCAGUGGUUGUGUCAGCCAGAGGGUUACAACUACUUUGUGAAUGAAAACUGGUCACUGGAGUCUACUGAGAAUAUAUUCAGUUCAAACCCAUUACCAGUUGAUCCAUUUGCAAAGCUGACCAGGACUUUCAGAGAGUAUUUGUUGGAGAAGGCGCUGUACACACUGACACUGCCAGCCAGCAGAUCUGCAAACAGUUCUUCAGAGAGUGACAAGGUAUUGCAGUAUGUGGAACUACUAUCGGACACUGCCAACUCGGACCAGAUUGCCAAGCGACUCUUUGAUGUGGAUUGUCUCUCUCUUGUGGACAAUGGAGAUGAUAUCUCCAAGUGGUGGGCAGCUGUUGUCAAAGUGGCGACAUACUGGCUGUUAGGUGAAGAAGAAAAUGCAGCCAACAACUACGGAUCAGUGGAUAACUUCCCCAAGGCUCUGCAGUCCUCUGAAAAUGCAUUGCCUAGGGCUGUUUUCAUGGCAUAUAAAGCCAGGAAGCAGUAUUUUGCAGAGGGAAGUAAAAGAGCGUACUACACCGUGAAAAGCUGUGACAGGGGUGGUCGCCUCUUACGAGACAGCCUGAACUAUGGCUUGAAUCAAGACCAUGGUCCUUUAGUACAGGUUGCUCAGUUGUUGGUGUGUGACUGGCUCCUGCAGACACGAACAGAUGUCUGGCAAAUUCAACAGGAAAACAAGGGGACACUCAAGGCUGUGCCUACAGAACUCAUAGCAUUGCAACAAGACAUCUCCAGUCUCAGAAAACUAGCCCAGAACAACAAAGCAAUUUUCCCAGGGAAGGUAUUUUUACACGAGGCCACAGCCAGAAUGAUGGCGGGUGCCAGUCCAGCCAAAACACAGCAGUUGUUAGACAGAAGUUUACGACGACGACAUCACUACCCAAGGUCCCCAUAUAAAGACCCACAGAGUGGUGAGAGCGAGGGGAUGGGCCGUGAACAGGCCACUGCUCUACUAAUGGCGUGCAGACACCUGCCUGAACCUGUGCUGUCCAAACCAGGGCAGAGAAGCCUUAUGCUGGCCGAGGCUGCUAAGGUGUAUGAACAGUUAGGGGACAAGAAGUCAGUGCAGGACUGUCACAGAAUGAUGAUGAGAUUAGAGGAGGGCAGGGAUCAGACCAACCCAGUGGGCACCUGUUGUUCAUAGCCCACUUCCCAUCCAACUUUCUCCCUCACUCAGAUUUCUAAAAGAAUUUAUUGUGUCUUGGGCUGGCCUGGUGUCAUAAUGUGUAGCGUAUGAUAUUGAACUUCUUUGUUAAGUUUUUAAGGAACAUCAUUUGUGCUGAGAAUAGCUACAAAUAAAGUACAUCAAUACUCUGGGCCUGGCAUCUGUGACAAACAACAUUGGCCACUUUCACAAAACUGCACAUGUCAGAUUUCCUGUAGCUUUUGAUGCAAUUGACCUUGUCUGGGUUAUAGUUCCAUAUAGCAGUGUAAUUUGUGAGAAAAGUCACAAGAACUUGACAAAAUUUGCAAAUUUAAUAAUUAUGUGAAAGUGGGACCUGAGUGAUGAAAAGGUUCACUACAUUACUGCCUUUUUCCUCCAUCGCCCAUAGCCUCCAUUCCCAUUGUCGAGGUGCAAAAUAUUUCAUUGUAAAUAGAUCACAGACAAAUUUUGCAAAGCUGUGAAUAAUAUAUGAAUAAUGACCUAUGAACUUUAAAUAUUGAAAUAAUAAAAACACUUGAAAUUUCCCAUAUAUAAAAACGUGUUCUUGA